UCUCUCUCGUUGGAAGUAUAAAAACGAAUUACUCAACUGCCACUUUGUUAGUUUAUGACAGGCUGGCUGUUUGAAGAAAUUAAUUAUUUAAAACAAUGAAAUUAGUUUACGCCUUUACACUUUGCAUUGCUGCUAUUGUUUUUGUGCAUCAAUUGCCAGGAACCUCUGCUGUCACGGAACCUGUGUGUGCCUAUAGAAAUUCUCAAGAUGAUACGGUCUUCUUGAAAUAUCUACCCUAUGCCAAGCGUGGUGAAGAAUAUGUGGAUUUUGGCACUGAUGGCAAGUGUUUGAAGAAGGCAACCUGCAGCGAUACCUUCAAAACCGUGGUUGAUGAAUGCAAACAAUUCCCCGUUACCUGUGCCAAUAAAAAACGUUACGAUGGUGUAUUUCCUGCUUGUUGUGUUAAGUGCUAAAAUGUCUUGAUGACGGAUUUUUGUAACAUAUAUAAUAUAUAUACUAUAUAAAUAUAUAUAAAUACACUUUUUUAAGAAUAAAAAUUAAAAUCAAA